AAGAUAUUCGUCGACGGAAUGACGUUUCCAAGCACAGCCAAUCAGACAGAAGCUGGAGUGCCCGCACUAAAAAUGGCGGACGGACCCACGCGCGAGUGGAGCGACGAGCAGCUCAAGAGUGACAGUGUGGCCAAAAAAGACCUAAUAAAGUUUUUACAGGAUCACGCGGCGCACUCGUUCCUUUCAGAGCACAAGCUACUUGGAAACAUAAAAAAUGUCACCAAGACGGCGAAUAAGGAGCAGCUGGUGGUCGCCUACAACCAGCUGUUUGAGAGCAAGAGGUUUAAAGGGACUGAACCAGAGGAGGAGCUGACGGAGAAGGUGAAGGCGGUGAAAAUUGAAGAUAAACCCAAAGAGGUGAAGGCAGAGCCUGUGGACGAGGGUCCUCCUAAAUACAGCAAAACCACCCUGAAAAAAGGCGACAAGACCAACAUCCCGAAGAAGGGGGAUACCGUGAGCUGCUGGUACACGGGAUCCCUGGAGGACGGGACCGUCUUCGACACCAACGUUCCCUCAGCGGCAAAGAAGAAGAAGCAGGCCAAGCCGCUGAGCUUCAAAGUGGGCGUGGGGAAAGUGAUCCGAGGGUGGGACGAAGCCCUUCUGACCAUGAGCAAGGGUGAAACUGCACGGCUGGAAAUCGAACCGGAGUGGGCGUACGGAAAGAAGGGCCUUCCGGACUCCAAAAUUCCUCCAAACGCAAAGCUGAUAUUUGAAGUUGAACUGGUCUCCAUUGACUAACCGCUCUGUACCGACGCAUCCCUGUGGUGGAAGUUUUUGUCCAGCAUGAAGCCUCCUGAAAACAACUGCAGGGCAACACCAGAAAAGCGCCUCAUUUUAUUUUGUUUACAAACUCUUAGCUAAUAAAGUUGUUUUCUGUCAGAUAAA